UCCAGCUCUGGCCAAAUCCAGUGUGUCUCACCCAAGCAUGGACGCAGAGGUGCAAAUGUACCACUCUCUGUCAUUGAGUGGUCUCUGAGCUAUCUUUAGCAUCUCAACUGGGGGGAUCACCACACCAAAACUCGGACAGACCACCACAUACGGAUUAAGUGACCAAGACCAAACAAAAAAACAGCAAAACUGUUUGGGUGAAAUCCAUCUGACCCACACAUUCUGAGACGCAAGAGGAUUUAACCUUGGAUUUUGGAUAGCAAGAGCAUUUUUUCCCUUUUGGAGAGCUCUUCUUUUCAAAAUACAGAAUUUUGAAACAUCUCAAGAACCACUCAGAAUCAUCAACCAGUCCUUCAUCGCAUCUACAAUCAUUUCCAUCUCCAAUAACCUUCAAGCACGAUUUACGUUUGUUUCGGUUGCUUGGCUUUUUUUAUCAGACGUGGACGUCUUCUUUUCGUUCUUCCCUGAAUUCUAGCAGUCCUCGGCUAUCAUCAUGGUGUGGGCUAAGGUGAAGUUCCCCUUUGAGAAAAGGGUGAAGUUGGCGCAGGGUUUAUGGCUGCUCUCCUGGCUGGCUACUUUAGGUGGAGCGAUCACCUUCUGCCUUGGUUGCUUCCUGAAGACAGAACUGCGCAGAAGGGCAGAGGUAAUGGACAACACCGAGAUCUACAUUGUGCCCAACACACUGAUCAUAGCAGGGAUGGCUGCUAUGGGUAUCAACUACUUUGCAACAAGGAUCUGCCAGGACGCCCUGGAUGCCACACGCUUCCCACGCUGGAAAACCUUCCUGAAGCCCUACUUCUGUUGCUCAAUCUUCUUCACCACCCUCAUGCUGAUUGGUGUCAUCCUGAGCUAUGCCAUGAAGGGCACCCUGGAGGGCUCACUGAAGGUUGGCUUGAAGAAUGGUAUCCGCUUUUAUAAAGACACAGACACACCAGGCCGCUGCUUCCAGAAGCAGACCAUCGACCGCUUGCAGAUGGAGUUCCAGUGCUGCGGCAACAACGACUACAAGGACUGGUUUGAGGUGCAGUGGAUCAGCAACCGCUACCUGGACUUCAGUACCAAGGAGGUUAAGGACCGUAUCAAGAGCAAUGUGGAUGGGCGUUACCUAGUGGAUGGAGUCCCCUUCAGUUGCUGUAACCCCAGUUCCCCAAGACCUUGCAUCCAGUACAAAAUCACCAACAACUCUGCUCACUACAACUAUGAGCACCAAACUGAGGAGCUUAACAUCUUCAUCCAUGGAUGCAGAGAGGCCCUUCUCAACUACUACAUGGGCCUGAUGAACAGCUUUGGGGCUGUGGUGCUGUCUGUCUUUGUGCUGCAGUGCACUGUAUUGGCGAGCCUGAGGUAUCUGCAGACCUCCUUGGAGGCCUUGGUCGGGCAGGAGAACACAGAAGUUGAGACAGAGGGCUACCUGCUGGAGAAGAGCAUCUCUGAGACCAUCAUGGAGUACCUGGACCCAGUGCUGAAGCUUAUGCUGCUGAAUCAGGUGGAGGACGGGCAGGUCAAGGCAGAGGCAGGGGCCGCAGGCACAUCAGGGACGGCCGGGGCAACAACCCCUGCAACCUAAACUACUCCAGCAAUUUUUGGUACUUUUGUAAAUCUUCUUUAACUUUGUAUCCCAAAGUACUGUACAGAUAUUUAACAACUCAUUCCCUCAAAAAAUCGUUCUCUUUCAAAACGUUCCUUAUUCCUUGUGUAAAUGUCAGACCAUACAAGUUCUUUUAUAUGCAGCUGUACUGGAACCUCAAUCAUCUCUCAAUAUCUGGCUGAGCGUGGGUGCACAAAUAGUACAAGAUGUGAUUUGAACACUUGUAAUUUUUGGUACUUUUAUAAGUCUAUUUUGUAUCCUAAUACAUACGUUAAUGCUGCAUACCCUUCAAAAUAUUCCUUUCAAAAAUACUCCUUAUUUAUACAAACGUCAAAACAUGCCCGUUCCGUGAGAUGCAAUCACAUCUCAGUCAUAUGUCCUCUGUGUUAUAGAGUACACUAUAAUGACUGAGUUUGGACCAAAAAUGUGGCCACAAGGCUGAUCUGGAUACAUUUGGUGAAGAAGUCUUUGAGUAUUAUGUUUCCAAGGAGUCUGCUGAGAUGUUUCAACAGCAUUUGGCGAUCAAUAAGGCCCUUAAUAAUUCAUCUGCAGCUGCAACAAUUUCAGGGUUGUCCUUUAGAGUUUCAAACUGCAGUCUUCCUGCUGCAUUUUUCCUAACUCUGUCAAUGCUGAACGAGCUGCAUGAUGACGCCCCCUUAUUGGUCUGUGCCCACUUUAUGCGAUGUGGGAAAAAACAGUGUCCAUCUCUUAAACUAAUUUGCUCUAAAUUUCUCAUUUACACUGCUGAUUUACACUGUUGUUUAUCGACAAAUAAUGGGAAUACAACUUUAACCUCCAGCACUUGAACUAAUAUCUUCAUUCCAAGGCGAAAGUUUUUUUCACCUACCCUGAAAAACACAUAAGAACGUAAUUUAAAAAACUAAGAAAUCCAAGAAAACUUGACUUUCAAAGCUCAAACCAUGUACAUUAUGCAAGAAGAUAACAGCAUUGUAAAUGUAUGCAGCUGGUGUAGUCAGUUCCUGCUCAAUGCUCUGCUAAGCCACAGCAAACCUAUUGCACUGCAGAAAUAUGGAAAAGUACAAGAGUCGGAUUGAAUAAAGAUUAAAGUUUUUAACUGCUUUGUUGUGUAGUGCAAUUUUGUGCGAAUAGAUGUGUGUUGAAAUAUU